GGAGGCGCGGCGCCAAGAUGGCGGCGGCGGCGGGCUGUGUGUGAAAUCCUCCCUCGGCCCUCCCGGCCCAGGGCGGGCGGCGGGCCCGGGCGGGCGCCGAGCCGAGCCGAGCCGGCAUGUGCGAGACCUACUCGCGGUGGCUGCUGCGGGUGUCGGUGGCGCAGAUUUGCCAGGCGUUGGGUUGGGACUCGGUGCAGGUCUCGGCCUGCGACCUCCUCACCGACGUGCUGCAGCGGUACCUGCAGGGGCUGGGCCGGGGCUGCCACCGCUACUGCGAGCUCUAUGGCCGCACAGAUCCAAUAUUGGAUGAUGUAGGUGAUGCCUUCAAACUUAUGGGGGUUAACCUGCAUGAGCUAGAAGACUAUAUACACAAUAUUGAACCUGUCACUUUUGCACAUCAAAUCCCUUCGUUUCCCGUCAGCAAGAACAAUGUCCUGCAAUUUCCCCAGCCAGGAAGUAAAGAUGCGGAAGAAAGGAAGGAGUACAUCCCUGAUUAUAUGCCACCUAUUGUCUCCUCUCAAGAAGAAGAGGAAGAGGAACAAGUACCUACCGAUGGAGGUACAUCUGCAGAGGCCAUGCAGGUGCCACUGGAAGAAGAAGGAGAUAUGGAAGAGGAUGAGGCAAUUAAUGAUGAGAACUACUUGAGCAAGAGACCGUUAGAAAGUCCUGAUGCUGAGGAAUUUCCACCUGUGAAACGGCCAAAACUGUCUGUUUCCAAAGGGGACUCCUUGGAUGGAGCUUUGGAACCACGUGAGCCUCUUAGUUCAAUCAAUACUCAAAAAGUACCACCAAUGCUUUCUCCAGUUCAUGUUCAGGACAGUACAGACUUAGCCCCUCCUUCACCAGAACCACCAAUGUUGGCUCCCAUUGCAAAAUCACAAGUCCCAACCCCCAAAACUGUAGAGGCAAAGCCGUUUGUACCCAAAACAAAGUCCAAAACAAGUUCUCCAGGACAGAAGACAAAAUCACCUAAAACUACGCCCUCACCAGUGGUAACUGGAAGUCCCAUACGUUCACCAAAAACUGGAUCCAAAGAGAAAAAGUCACCAGGUCGCGCCAAGAGCCCAAAAAGUCCUAAAAGUCCAAAGGUUCCUGCUCAUGUUCCCCAACCACCUGUCAAGCCUGAAACACCAAGUAGAACCCCUCUGGCUGCGUUAAGUGACAAGAUCGGAAAAGAAAACAUCCAAGUAAAACAAGGACAGACACCACCUGAGCUUGCCACCAAGCCAAAUAUUGAAAACCAGACUAAGAAAGUACCAGUAAUGGACAAGACCAUUGAUGAUUCAAUCGAUGCUGUGAUUGCUCGUGCAUGUGCAGAACGAGAACCAGAUCCCUUUGAGUUUUCCUCUGGUUCUGAAUCAGAAGGGGAAAUUUUUACCAGUCCUAAAAGACUUUCUGUUUCAGAGACUACAACUCCUAAACCUUCCGUUUCUGCCAAUAAUGCAAAUAAGGCAGGAGCAACUCCAAUACCUCCCUCGGGUGGGACUUCAAGUUCAGACAUUUCAUGGACAAUGGAUGACUCAAUCGAUGAGGUCAUUCGAAAGGCAAACAUGGGGACACCUUCUAAUCCACCUACAAACUUCACUUAUUUCUCCUCUCCUUCUGCUUCACCACCAACUCCAGAACCUCUUCUCAAAGUUUAUGAGGAGAAAACCAAGUUGGCUUCAUCAGUAGAAGUCAAAAAGAAAUUGAAAAAAGAGCUGAAGACAAAAAUGAAGAAGAAAGAAAAACAAAAAGAAAAAGAUAAAGAGAAAAACAAGGAGAAAAAUAAGGAGAAGGAAAAGAAUAAGGAGAAGGAUAAAGACAAGGAAGGAAACAAGGAAGCAAAGUUUCAGUGGAAAGAACUACUCAAAGAUGAUGAUCUUGAUCCCUAUAAAUUCAAACUAAAAGACUUUGAGGAUGCUGACACAAAAGUAAAGUUGAAAGAUGGCAAUACCAAAAAAGAGAGAGAAAAACAUAAAGAUAAAAAGAAAGAGAAAGAGAAAGGCAAAAAAGACAAGGAUAAGAAAGACAAAGAGAAACUUAAAGAUAAGGGUAAGGAAGAUAAGAUAAAGGCUCCAUCAGCACCUCAUGUGUUACCUUCCAAAGAAAUGUCUUUGCCCUUGUUCAGCACACCAACUGCUAUGAGGCUUCCCAGCAUGUUACCUUCCUUGUCUCCAAUGCUUCCUGAAAAACUAUUUGAGGACAAAGAGAAACCAAAAGAAAAGAAAAAAGACAAAAAAGAGAAGAAGAAAAAGAAAGAAAGGGAGAAGGAUAAAGAAAAGGAAAAGAAGGAGAAGGAAAAGGAGAGGAAAGAAAGAGAAAAGAAAGAGAAAGAAAAAGAGAAACACAAACAUGAAAAGAUAAAGGUGGAACCAGUUGCUCCGGCUCCAUCACCGGUUAUUCCUCGGCUGACAUUAAGAGUGGGUGCAGGCCAAGACAAGAUAGUCAUCAGCAAAGUGGUGCCAGCUCCAGAAGCCAAACCUGCCACCCCUGUGAGCCGGCCCAAAACACCUCCGCCUGUGCCGUCACCGGUACCAGCUCCCGUUCAUGUCACCCCUCCUCCAGCUCCAGCUCCUCCUCCUCCACAGGCUACAGUCUCGCCGGUCCUGAUCCCACCACCCUCUCCAGCCGUCUCGGCAGCAGGAGGCUCCAAAGCUCCGGUUAGGAGCGUGGUGACCGAGACCGUCAGUACUUACGUGAUCCGAGACGAGUGGGGUAACCAGAUCUGGAUCUGUCCUGGCUGUAACAAGCCAGAUGAUGGCAGUCCAAUGAUAGGUUGUGAUGACUGUGAUGAUUGGUAUCACUGGCCUUGCGUUGGGAUUACGACUGCACCCCCAGAAGAGAUACAAUGGUUCUGCUCCAAGUGUGCCAACAAAAAGAAGGAUAAAAAACACAAGAAGAGGAAGCACAGGGCACACUGAAGACUUUCGCAGCGGACUGAA